GUCCGAUUCUGCUUCUGAAGUCAUACCCCCUUGUUAUUCCACUCUUUUAGACUCGAAAUCCGUUUUUUUUUCAUGUAUCUAUGCCCCAAAUAGGUCCUUUCCAAUAUUCACCCUUCUCGCCCCAAUUGGCCGAGUUUUGGUGAAUGUCGCAUUCACCUCAUCGCAAACACAUCACACAUGAUUUAUAGAAUCAUCGGCAACAUCUACUUGUCAUCCUUUGAAGGACUUGCCGACACAGAUCUCCAGGCACACCGAAUCUCUCAUGUACUUUCGGUGGUCCCGGGGCCCCUUCCAAAAGCUAUACAUUCAUAUACUCGCCUUCAGCUCCCCAUCAAUGAUGAUUUGACCUCAAACAUUUUGGCAAUUUUGCCCGAAUCCUUUGAUUUCAUCAACAACUGCUUGUACAACACGACCGGAUCUGCCUCCAUAAGCCCUAGAUUUCCCCAUAAAGGCGCCAUUUUAAUCCACUGUCACGAAGGAUUGAGUCGAGCCCCCACCGUAGUGGUGUGCUAUUUGAUUAAAUUCUAUAAGCUAUCGAUGAAACAAGCCAUAUAUGCUAUACAAAGAAAACUUGAAGAUAAAAUAAACAUCAACGAGUCAUUUCUAAAACAAAUCGAGGUGUUUGAGUCCUGCAAAGGUGACUUGACCAGUGAUGCUUACAGAGACUUUUUGAUUGAGUUCAACAAAGGUGAUUCCAAAGAAGCAUUAAACCAAUUCCAUACUCAGAACGAUUCAGAUUCAAAGCAGAUAGAGGAGGAGGAACCUUCCGGAGUAUUAAGGUGUAAAAUCUGCCGGGAGAUUCUUGCCAAAUCAACUCAGAUAUUGCCUCACGUUAAGCCUGACGAAUCUUCUCGGCAUGCGACGUUCCACAAGAAGAUGGGCAAUCACAUCCAUUCAAGUUUCGAGGCUUCGGCGGACUGCUCCCAUUACUUCUUGAAAGAUCCAUUGAAGUGGAUGAAAUUGCCUAAAGAAGAGCUUGAAGGAAAAUUUCACUGUGUCAAAUGUCAAAGUAAAUUGGGAGGAUAUAGUUGGAAAGGCUCUAGGUGUAGCUGUGGUUCAUGGGUGAUCCCGUCUUUUCAUUUACUGACGUCGAAAGUCGAUUACAUCAAACUUGCACCAGUGGAUAAACAAAAGGUAUAGGGAGUUAUUGCAUAUUCAUAUAGUACUCUGUUGUAUUGUCAUAUCAUAUUCAGCAUUCUUCAACUCAGGUCGUCUAGUAUCAUAUCCUCUUCAUUGUCUUGCUCUGCUCUCAUCACUAGCGUGGGAAAUGGUGUGUUGAUUGUACCGGUGGUGGGACUGGAACUCUCGUGUGGCAUACGGAUGGGAGAAACAGUAUUCACCGGUUCUACUAUACUAGUGCCCAAAGAGUGGUCGUUUUGAUAUUCCACCUCUUCCGCCAUGAAUCCUUCAUCUUCAUCGUUUAGAGCAUCAAUGACAUCGUUGUUGUCUCCAUCACUGUCGAAAUUAGGUACUUGGUUAUCCAAAUCCACCUCCACAUUAAGGUUCUGUUCCACAAGAUCGUUUUCCAAUGUAUUGGUCACGUUGGUCUCCACCACCAAGUUGUUUUCAUGAUCUAUUUGCUCCAUAGUCUUGUUGAUCCCUAUAGGUUUAAGGCUAUUGUAUCCAUAGUAUUUGGUAGAAUUGAGCUUGUUGAGCUUCAUUUGUGUAGCUAAUGACAAUGAGCUCAUCUGCCGAUAUUUGGAUAUUCCAGGGUAUUCUGCUGGAUAAGCGUUUAGUGGCAGUUGGUAGAACUCCGAUUUCUGCUCACUCCAUAACUCAUAACAGCUGUUGAUAUUGAAACUGGGAGAAUACAUAGUUAUACAAUUU